AGAGCACAUGUGAACUAAAAAAUGGAAUUUUUAAAAUUGUUGUUUUUGCAUUGUUUUUGUGUAUUGAGGACUGGAACUGAGGUUGGGGGUUGUAAUUAUUGAUCAACACCCUUCGAUAGUUUACUGUGCAUAAGAAUGGGUAAUUCAUAUUAAAGACUUUUGUGUGCUUUUUUAUGUCUCUUUCGAAUAAUUUUUACUAUUUUGGGGUUUGUCAUUUUUGCAAAACCACACCAACUGAAUUACGAAGAUGUAGUGGAUGUAAAAUAGUGGCUUACUGUUCAAAAGAACAUCAAAAGUUGGACUGGCGGAAUCACCGUGAACUAUGUAAAGUAAUUGCAUUUACGUUUGUGAAUGACAACACUCCUAGUGGCAGUUUUGAGGAAUGGACCCGUUAUCGACUGAAUAUGCAAAGACAAUGGGUAUCAUUGCUAAAGAGAGAUCUGCAACCAUUCGAAUGUCAAAUGUGGAUGUUUCCUCGUGUCUGCAAUUGGUGUUACGCAAAAUCAAACUUGACAGAUUGCCCAAAGUGUUGUAAUGUCGCAUAUUGUAGCAAUGAACAUUCAUUUUGUGACAGAGGCAUUCACAAGAAGUUCUGUGCUGCAUUAAGAGUGUGCCUAGACAUUGAUUGGUACUUGACUAAAGUUCAGUCGUAUCCUGAAAUAGAUAUAAAACAGGUAGCAUGUUUGAGUGGACUACCCCGAGAUAUGAGUGAACUUUUAAAGUUGCUGCGCAAUGAGGAGAAUGAGAAAUCUGUCAUUUGCAAAUCCUUAAAGUCAGAAGCACUAUCCCCUGGAUCUGUAAUUGCAUACUCCAUUCAAGAAUCAUUAUAUGACUACACAAGCAAUGAUAAAUACAUUAUACACAUAGUGGGGGCGGCCGCUGCUGAAGGCACAACUGACUGGAUUCUCACAUCCGAAUUGCUUUUACACGCAUUUAAUUAUAUACAUGAAGUUUUGUUCAUCUUAAUUGGACCAGAAGCUGUGGACAUACCUGAAAAUAUCAAUUUAUGCCAAACUUGCAAGUCAAGGGGAAAAAAGGUCUCUCUUAAGGUGAAGAAGGCUUUGUAUCAUGACGUGGUGGAAAAUAUAGAAAAGCCAAAUUUAGUACUUGCAUUAAAUUGUGGUUUACAUGAAUUUGAAGAUCAAGCUUGCGAUGAAUGGUACUCAUCUAUUCCCUUUAUGAUUAUCAAUAAAGUUCCGUUCGUUUUUACUUCAUAUACUCACGAAGAAAUGUUAAAAGAUAUUAAUUACAUCAAAAAAUUCAUUCCUGAUGUGGAGCUGUACAUUGUUAUGUCGAGGGAGAACCCAUUUGCUAGUUUCAGGCCAAUAAGAGAUUGGUGCACCAAAGACAUUCCUGUAUUUUAUUCAAAUGCUUUUAUUACCAUUGUAAAAAUGGUGUGACGUUCCCAUUUUCAUCAGACAACCAUUUUUUAUGGUCGGGAUUUUAUACUUUUCUAAUUGUAAUGUUGUAAUAAAAUGUGUUUUGAAAGUAA